UUUUUUGCAGUGUAUAAAGAGGAACAUGAUAUCCUUGUUAUUCCAUUUGAAGUAGUUAUAAGGAAAAGGGUUUGAGCCACCUGGUUUGGAUAAAAUGUGGAUAGGUAUAAUGUUCCAAAUGGAGGUUGGGUGUCUGAAGAACUGUUUCAACCAAUUAAUGUAUUAUGUUAGGUAGAAAAGUCCAAAACAUUUUUGUCAACCAUUGUUAUUGACAUAAUUCAUAAUCAGCGCUUCGCUUCCUGGAUGGACGCGGGGGGGACUAUCCUCGUCUGGGCGCUACACUGAACUGCAGUUCAUCCAAAAUGGCUGGCCAGGAAGAUCCAGUGCAAAGAGAGAUUCACCAAGAUUGGGCGAAUCGAGAGUACAUCGAGGUUAUAACAAGCAGCAUCAAAAAAAUCGCUGACUUUCUGAACUCAUUCGGUAAGUCCUUUGGGGGGAGUUUCAAUAAUAAAAUCACCUUCUAUGGAGAUCGGCUGUAUAGAUGGCUAGAUCCGGCUAGCUAGUCGAGCUAACUUCUACUAUGUUGCUAGCUUGGAUGCUGAUUUAAAUGGCCACUCCCUGGUAGCGUUUAGCUUUGUCGUUAGCUUUGAGUUUACUGACAUUUUCUCAUUAAAGCCCCAUGCUAGUCUGAUGUGGAAUUACCAUGGAUGUUUAUACGCUUUUAGCCAAUGUUAGCCGCGUGGCAACUGUCAAAACAUAACCUUAAACAACAGAUGUAAUGCAGCAUAUAGCUGUGAGACUUCAACUGGCCUAUUGCUAAAACUGCUCUGCUCGGUUGUCUUUGUAAAAAGCAGCAACAGACAGAAUAAUUGAAAUUUCAUCACUACAAAUGCUAACCAACAUAACAUUUGUUACAUGUGUUAUUGCAGAUAUGUCAUGUCGAUCACGUUUGGCCACCCUCAAUGAGAAGCUGACCGCUUUGGAGAGGAGGAUUGAAUACAUCGAGGCGAGGGUAAGAAGCUACAUUGUGAUUUUAACAUGUCAAGUUAUGUUUGAACACUUACAAUUGAUUUUAACCAUUACAUUCUUUUACAGGUGACAAAAGGAGAAACGUUGACUUAAACCACAUCAUGGACAACAAAGUCAUCCCAGUGCUACCUUCCCAUCCCUUGUCCUGAAUUUUUGAAAGUGUGUGAUGGACUCCACCUUCCUUUUUGGGACCCUGUGGACCAUUUUUAUAUUAUAUUGCUGAAUUUUUGUUGUUGUUGUUGUCUCUCUCAUUAUGCAUUUGUUACAGAACAUGUGGGUCAGUCCCUGGUAUCCCGACUCAAGAAUAGUAGGUGUUACUUAACAAAAAAACAACCUUCUGUCAAAUUUGUUUCUGAACAAAUGCUGGAGCUUGAUUAUUGAACUGUUAUCAGCACAACCUGUUGACCAUCCCAGUUGUAUACAUCAGAGAUUUAUAAACGGAGAACAUUCUUGUGUGCCAAGUUGAACAAAAUUUUGUGUAGUCAUCUUUGUUAAGCACCUGCUUGUACAGUGUACUGUUGGGUGAUGUUUCAAGAUUUGAAUACUGUAAUAAAUGAUAAACAACGACUUUGUUUCA